AUGAAAGCAAAAUCACAACUGGACAAAAGUAUGGACGAACAUUCUGUUAACCGCCUGCGCGUGCGCCCUGUAACCUCCGGCGGUUUUGAGAAUUCUGCACUAAAAAUGAGCUUCUCACUUUCCUCAUUGCAAUCAGGAGGGGGACAAGGAAGUCCCCAACAAGUAAUGAUGCAAGUUGAGAGGCCAUACAACAGCCUAACCAAAAAGUCAAGAGUGAAUUUAGAGCGAGAAAUGUGGCGACGUUCCUGGGGAACACAAGAAGAGAAGAAGGAUGAUUUUUGGGCAGCUAUACAACCUAACUAUAACUACCUCAUGGACAAUAAUCUCAUUGAAAGUUGUAAGGAAGCCCAUGGGGAAUUGUCAUGUGAUGAAGAAGAAACAGCCCUCCUCUCCAAGUGGAGUUUCAAAGAUUUUACUGCACAAUUUUCUGAAUUAUGUUCCUGGUUGAAUGAUAUACGAGAGGCUGUUUAUGGGAAGGAAGAAAAUAUUAGGGAUCGAAAUUUAAGACUUGAACAUGUGGAAGGAAUGCAACGCAAUGUGUAUAAACGUAAGCUCUUUACUGAGCAAGCAAAACGAUUACUUUUAGAACAUUCUGAACUUCAAGAUGAAGUUACAUGGAGAGUUAAUUAUCUUAAUAGCAAAUGGGACAUGUUGGAGCAGUCAAUCAGUCCUUCAAAAGUUGACCCAUCGCAGAAAAGUUUUUGUGCAGAUGUAGAACAUGAGGCAGACUGUUUGAAAGAGUGGAUCAGAGAGAUGGAGCGAAGAUUAAAGCCCUUAAAUAUGCUCAUUGUGAAUGAUUGGACCAACCAGGAGCUAGUGGAGAAGAUCACAGAAUGUGAAGUGCUUCAUCAAGACAUUCGAGCUCAUGGAAAAGUAGUUGCAGCUGUACUGAAACGAGCUGAGCUGGCUGAAGCUACUGCAAGUGUGCAGUUGGCAAGACGUCUAGAGAGGCGAUGGCACCUCUUGUUUCUUCGAGCAUUAGAAUGGCAAUUUCACCUUGAAAAUUUAUUAAAACUUCGCAAACAUCCUCUUCCAGAGCAUCUGUAUUCUGAAAGUGAUGAAGAACCUCUUAGCAAACAUCCUCGGCUUAGCAGUGGAGAUUGUAGUGAUCACCUUACUGACGAUGGAUCAUAUUUUGAGGAUGAUAUUAAAGAUUUCUGGGUGAAAGAUUCAGGAUCUAAUAGUUUGCCAACACCUGCCAGAAGUUCUGCUGUUUUAAGAAGAUGUUCAUCGGUAUGUGGUCAAAGUAAGGAUGUAGGUGUAAACAUCACUCCUGAUAGUAUAGUACCUCAAAUGCCUGUGAAGAAAUGUUCAAAAAAGAAAAGUGUUGAUGGCAAAAAUUCAGAAAUGGUUGUUCCACUUUCUGAACGAUCUCAUUGUUCUCGUGAAAUGCAAAAUACUGGAAUUUCACCCAUGGAGAGUGAUGCCACCAGUUUUAACAAAUCAGAUCGAAAGGCUCAUAAUUGUGCCACGUUUUACUUUGAGCAUCGUGACACAGACUCUGAACAAAAGCAAUUUAAGGAAAAUAUUGAAGGAGAAAUUGCUACUUUAAAUAAUAAAAUAUGUGAAGUGAAAGUGUGUGAAGACUCAUCUGAUGAGGAAUGGACCUACACUAGUGGGAAAAGAACAACGAUAGCAAAGGAAAAAGGAAACUUCCUUGCAUCAGGAAUUCAGUCUCUUCCAUCUCGUAAAAGAAAUGUGGCUGUUCGCCUUGACUUUGGCGAAAAAACAUCAGGGAGUGAAGGUGCGGGGAACAGCACGCAGUGCCAUAAUUUCGAUGACAGUAUCAAGUGCAGUGGAGUAGCUGAUUCCUCCUGCAAAGAAGCUCGGUCAUUACCAAGAACAACAGAAGGAACUAAAGAAUGUAUUCAGUGGUUGGUCCGUCAGGCUGAGCUCCUUGUACGCGAGGAUUCUUUAAUGUGUUCUGAGGAUGCACAAGGCCCUCCAGUUCAUGGUUCUGAGAUGACUAUAAGCCAGCUGCGACAUGCUCGAAUUAAACAAUGGGUGAAAAUGCAUUCCUCUAUACAAGACAAAUUCCAGCUUCCUGACAGCUGUGAUGCAAGUGGUGAAUACACAACUGGUGAUUCAGAUGAGGCAUGUUCUGUGGACUCACGGGAAGAAUCUAGUGGCAUUUCAUUGGUUAAUAAACAUUUGGAUGCUUUAUUAAAUGCACACCCACGAUUGGAUUCUGCUGAAGGUUUUAGUGAUCCUAAUGUCACCCUAAAAGCAGAUAAUAGUCCAGAUUCUGCAGACCCAAAGGACUCUAGCAAGGUUAUUAUUCGUUCCAAUCCAAGAUGCAAGCGGGAAAGGCCCUGGAGUGUAUCGGGUAUCUCUCAAGUCUCUUCCCUGCCGGGAAGGGAUGAAGAGCCAGGUUUUGCAAAUUUUUCCACAUCUGAAUCUGCUUUGCAUCAAAUGAUGGGAUCUAAUAACACAAUUCAAGAUAGAGAAAAUUCAGUUGUCUCAUCUAAUGGAUUUCAAGACAAUUUAUCUUCUUCCACCAUUUAUGAGAACACAAAAGUUAAUUCUGAACAUGGUUCUGGUUCUUUACAAAGAAGAAGAGCAAGGCAGCGCAAGAAAACACCACAAUCUCUUUGUUCCAAAAAUGCUACAGCUUCUGAUAUGGCACAUGUAUUAUCAAGUGGUAGUAUUUCAUCGCCAAAGUUUAAAAAUGUUGCCAAAAGUACACCGAAAGUACCUUCAGACAGGAUGAAUGCUGAAGAUUUCCAUGGAACACCUACAGAGGAGAAAGCAAGAACCUUAUCUGAAACAACAUGUACAUCGGCAACCUCUGAGCAAAAUACUAUUAGUGAUUCUUCAGUAUUCCUACCGAGUCCAGCAGGAACCAGAUGUGGAUAUCGUUUGAGAGGUCUGAAAGUGUCAUAUCGUUGCUUUGGGUAUCGUAAGUACUCCGGCCUUGCAUUGUGGCACCAGCCGCGCUGUCAGGCUCACGCGAGUCGCCGCCGCAGCAACAUAAGUAUCAGGUUUCUGGAAAUUGCUAAUCAUUCUGCAUAUUUUGCUUGGAACAGUAAAAUUUUGGAUGCUGGUGACAGGACUUUAAUAUCUGAAGAGGAAUUCUUUUCAAGAAAGUGUGUGGGUCUUCCAGUUUUUCGCCUGGGGCCAAAAGAAGGUGCUGUUACUCCGAAGCCUGAUAUGAUUUCUCAUUCUCUUUUGCCCUCUGGGGUAGACAGUGAUGUGGAAAAGACCAGUGGUCCCCAGGGUGCAGAAGAACAGCUCAGUUCUUCAGAGCAAGCAUGGGAUAAUUAUCAGGAAAAAUAUAUGAGUGAACCAUACAGUGAAGAAAUAGCAGAUUCAGAAUUUGCCAGAAGAUUACUUGAAUUUGGAGAUGAUUAUCAUAACUUUCUUGAUAGUCAAUCUGACUGUGCAUCUAGUUUGGGAAUCAGUCAGAGAACUUCACCUCAACGGAAGAGGAAAUCCAUUAUUGGAGCUUGUGAUAGUUCUGUGUUGGACAGUGAUUCUGACUUAGAAGACAUCCAUCAUCUAAUUGAGCAGUCACAGUCACAUUUUGUAUUCACUGAACAGGUUCUCAAUAGACAUCUAUCAAAAUCUUCUCCAGACAUGUGGGUGACAGAUUAUGCGGAAAUUAUUGCUACUUGUAAAGAAAAUAAAAGAUGUUUGAAAGUCAUUUUAGAAAAUGUGAAAGAAGGAGGAAUUCUCACACUUAAGGAACGUAAAGAAAUAAAAGAUCUUCUUGAGAAGUGGAAUGGUCUCCAAGUAUAUGCUGAUGAAUUGCAGAGAGUAUCUAAUUUGCAACAGAAGGUUCUCAUGAUGCGUACAAAACUACUUGAUUCAACUACUAAGAUUUCUUCAUUGGCUGAUAAUCUGAAUGAUAUGACACAUUUGGAAUCUGCUAUUCAAACACUGAAGGAGGAAUCAAAAUCUUUGUUGGAUUUCAAAGACCAACUCCUUCAUGUGAAUGUUGCUGUCCACCAAUUGGGCACCGACUCUGGAUCACAGGAUACCACUAUUUCAUCUGCAGUUCCACAGCUGAAAGAUGAGUUUGAACGUGCAGUUCAGACAUGGGAAAAAUUUGACAAAGAACUUUCUGAAUUGAAAACAACUCUACAAGGAGAUCAUAGCACCUUGGUGUGUUUGUGCAAGUCACUAGAUGAUGGAGCAACUGCUGUAGAGGAUGUAGCUGUGUCUAUACGUGACAUUGCUCGCUUACUUUCAGAAGUUCCUGGUUCUUCUGACAGAAAUCAUUCUUCUCUUUGCCAGGAUUUGCAAGAAGCAUGUAUUGGAACAAGAGAAGGAUCCCUAUCAGAUUCUGGAAUUUCUGAUUCAGGCUCAGAGAAUGAAUUAAGUGAGCGUGCUAGACGACUAGCGUCUUUGCGGCAAUUAGCUCAACAUUUGCAAACAGAACUGGGGGCAUCAGAUGGCCUGGUUACACAAAUCAAUGAGCAAAUUGAGCAUUUAGACAGAGAACUACAACAGCUGCAAGAUGUUUGUCGAAAGCUCAUUGUGAGAACUACAUCAUGGUCUGGUUUGCCUCCACCUGAGACAAUUCCUGCCAUUGAAGCCAAAGUGUCUGGAAAUGUUCAGUCUAAUAAGCAAACUAGUCCAUCCACAGUUCAGACAAACGGCAAAAAUUUGGAUGUGCGUUCUAAACCUUAUCAAUGGAGAUCUGGAACCUCAUCUUCUGAACUAAGAAACAUUCGUAAGAAUGGAAAAACAUCUAAAGAGCAGAAGCGACAGCCAUGGGUAUGGAGAGUUGCCCGUGCAGCCUUUCCGGUUCAGCUAACAUUGGUCACGUUGAUUUGUUUGGCAUGCUUUUUUGAGCCUCAUUGUUGUGAGAGUGUGAACAAUCUAAGUUUAUCAUUAUCUCCACAACUGCGAUAUGUGUAUGGGCCUCCUCCUGUGUAGUGGUGUUGCCACAGUUGUUAAGUGGUUGUUCUCUGAAUAGAACAAAUAUUUCAUGAGUAUUUUCUAAAAAGAAACUAAGAAACUAAAGGAUAGUAGGAUUACUCUGAUAUAUUGCUUCCACCUUCUUUUCCUAUCUUCACAGAGAGCAAGAUAAUCUUACAUGCAUUAUUAGUAUUAAAUGCUAAAAACAAAUAUUUUUGAAGUGUGUUCUUUUUUGUAAAAGGAAAUUUGAAUGUUUUGUAUUGAAAAAACAUAAAGCUUUGUUUCUCAAGGCUGAUGAUAUAAUUUCAGGGGAAUGUUGGUGAAAUUGGACGUUAAAUACAGGGUAAGGGAGCAUGUUUUGAAGCAAAGCAAUUAAGUUGAAAGGGCACAAAGAUUUAUUCCAGGGAGAUAGCGAGUUCAUAAGACUGAAAAUAGUAGUUACAAAAAUUAAUUCGUAGCGUAUCAUUUAAUACCUUAAUGAUAAUUGUUUUUUCUAAUAAAGAUGAAUGACUCAAGCUGGUACCGUGCUGAAACUUUUCUGAGUUUUAGGAUUCUCAUGAUUUUCAGUCAAAUGAAUUUUACCCAAAACUUGUUUGGAAAGAUCACAUUGAAGAAGAAAAGACAUGUGUCUUGGAUAAUUGCAAGAAAUGGGCUUUCAGCUGUGUCUAGGAACUGGAGACAUACUUAUUAAUAGUACUGAGAUAUUCUGCUUUUCUUCAGUGCAUGACAAAAAAUUAAUCCUAGAUACCAAUGAUUCAAAAUGAUUUAUAAACACUGUAACACCCUUCUUUGUCAGUUUCGGAACAGAUCAGUACUAGCUUUCUAAAUUCACUUCAGGUACUUGUAUAUUCUCAUAAUUGAUAAUGAUAAAAAAAGAAACCAUUGAAUGGUAAAAACAACUGAGUGUCGUGAAAGAAUACACUACAUUUUUAAUAACAAUUUCAAACAAAGUAAAAAUGAGUUUUCCUUUAAAAUUUAAUGAACGUUUUCCUUUAGAAACUUAUUCUUUGGAUUAAUUUUUUGUAUUCUUGCUUCAACUAUUGCUUGCAGUUUAUUGUUGUGCAUGACUCCUUUUUCAUUUCUAUUAACAAUAAUUAUUAGUAUAUUAAAAAAGUCAACAAAUAUUGAAAUCAUUUCAUAUUUUGCUUUUUAAGGGCUUUCUAGCGCUUUCUCCUAAAAGGUGAGCUUGCUGGAAUAUAAUCCUGAAUUUUCAAUGAAGCUGGAUUUUCUGUAUUCAUGGACAUUCCUUAAGGAAUGUGAUACCUAAGAAUACAUGGGAUCAACUGUUGGCAUUUGUUAUUUUCUUAUUAGUUUCAUAAAAUGUAUAUUUUCAGUUACUUUCUUACAUAAAUUUUUAGCAGAUUUUGUAUAAACCCAGCAUGAAAAUAUUGGAAAUAUUAAUUUAUUUAUUUAUUUUAACAUGUACUCAUUGUAUGUGGUAAGCAAAAAAUAAAAUGUUAGAAGGGGUUUAAUCAGAAAGAAUAUGCAAUUAGUAUUGGUGGAUAUCAUUGUUAUGAAGUCUAUCUAUCCUAAAGAAGAGUUGCCUUUUGAAUUCUGGUGUCCUUGAACCAGUUUUCAUGUCAUUUACUUGGGGGCUGUUAAAAUUUUGAAUUGCGCAUUAGGGAAGGCUUCAGACUGUUUACUUUCUAAAGCAAUUUGUGCAAUUGUUCCUUCUUGUGAAAAAAUGAAACUAAUCAAAAAGUAUAUUCUUAUUGUUGAGAUUUAUUCUCGUAGCUUAAAUUGAGCAUUGUUCAUGCCCUUCCGAAUUGGAAAUUGCAACAUGCUACUUUACAUCAAUUGAUGACAAUAUAAUUUAAGUUAAAAAAGUGCAAAAUUACAAGAAGUCACUGCCUUUUAAGUCUUUUUACUUAUAAUAGGAUUUUAAUUGUAAAUCAAUAGGAACACAUGUUGAUUGAAAUAAAUAGAUUGAAUUUUUAGUUGUGGUGAUAAAUAGGCAAUGAAACCUUCCUUUUUGAUCCAGAUUACUAAUUAAAUAUAAAUGCUGAUAUGUAUAGAAAGUAUAUAUUUGCUAAUGUAUAUAAAAAAUUGUUUUUAUUGGCAGCUAUGAAAGUUUUGUCAUUAAAAUGUAAACAAUAGCUUUUAUUUUCUAGUCAAUUUUUUGAAGUGUUUUUAUUUCACUGAUGUAUAUCUGAGUGCAAUAAAAAUAAAGUUUAGUGAUUUAGAAAAUUGUGGAGAUGUUAAAAUAAUAAUAAUAAGUCUUUUAAGAAUUCAUGAACUUCUGCAUGUAUUAAUAUA